AUGGCGCUGGGACCCCGCGGGAGGCUGCAGCGCUGCCUGCUGCUCCUGGCCGUCACCUGGGCCGCCGCUUUUGUCCCCUCGCCAGCCCAGACUUUGCAGAGGAUCGCCCUGCGGAGGAUGCCCUCCAUCCGCCAGACGCUGCAGGAGAUGGGGGUGAAGGUGCGGGAGGUGUUCCCGGAGCUGCGCCGGGGCAGGCGCGGGGCGGGGGACGCUCCCCGCAACGGCACCGCUCCCACCCCGCUCACCAACUACCUGGACACCCAAUAUUUCGGCGAGAUCAGCAUUGGGACCCCCGCGCAGACCUUCAAGGUGGUCUUCGACACGGGCUCGGCCAACCUGUGGGUGCCGUCCUACAAGUGCUCCCCGCUGUACAGCGCCUGUGUGUCCCACAGCCGCUACGACUCCUCCAAGUCGCGCACCUACAUCGCCAACGGCACCGGCUUCGCCAUCCGCUACGGCACCGGCAGCGUCAAAGGCGUCCUGAGCCAGGACAUCGUCAUGGUGUCGGACAUCCCGAUCGUGCAGGUGUUCGCCGAGGCCACGGCGCUGCCCGCCUUCCCCUUCAUCUUCGCGCGGUUCGACGGCGUGCUGGGCAUGGGCUUCCCCAGCCAGGCCAUCGACGGCAUCGCGCCCGUCUUCGACCGCAUCCUGGCGCAGCACAUCCUGCGGGAGGACGCCUUCUCCGUCUACUACAGCCGCACUUCCAAGAACACUGCCCUGAAACCCGGCGGGGAAAUCAUCCUGGGAGGCAGCGACCCGGCCUAUUACAGCGGCGACUUCCACUACCUGAACGUCAGCAGGAGCGGCUUCUGGCAGAUCAGCAUGAAGGGGGUGUCCGUGGGUGCCGAGAUCCUGUUCUGCAGGGAGGGCUGCUCGGUGGCCGUGGACACCGGGGCCUCCUACAUCACCGGCCCCGCCGGCCCCGUGUCCGUGCUCAUGAAAGCCAUCGGGGCCACCGAGGUGGCCGAGGGGGAGUACGUGGUGGACUGCGAGCGUGUGCCUCAGCUGCCCAACAUCUCCUUCCACCUCGGGGGGAAGAUCUACGGCCUCAGCGGCCCGGCCUACGUCCUGCGGCAAUCCCAGUACGGCGAGGACGUGUGCGUGGCGGCUUUCUCCGGGCUGGACAUCCCCCCUCCGGCCGGUCCGCUCUGGAUCCUGGGCGCCACCUUCAUCGGUCACUACUACACCAAAUUCGACCGGCGCCACAACCGCAUCGGCUUCGCCACGGCCCGCUGA